AUGGGCGAGAAGCUUAGGUUUCCUUUAGAAGCUGAAAACAGUGAGAUUACCUCUGUCAGUCAGUUGGGUGAUGUGCAGCAAGCAGUACAUCAUCUAAAGAAAAUGAGAAAAAAGUUUUUCCCUCAAGUGAAAGAAAACAUUGAAAACAGUCAGGAAAGACAGAAACAACAAUACAGAAAAAGAAAAGGAGCUGUAGCAAACUCUAUCCAGGUUGGACAGACUGUUUUGCGAUUAAAUAUGCUAAAAAGGACAACGAAAGGUCAUAAGAUGGAAGACACCUGGCUUGGACCAUACAGAGUUAUAGAAAUGACUGCAUCUGGUGGCUGUGUCCUUUGUUGCAUCAAAACUAAUUCAACAAUAAAGCGCAAAGUUAAUAUUAGUCAGCUGAAGAUCUACAAUACACCACAGAAGUCUUUUGAAUGGGCAAAUGCAACAAGCAAAGAUGAUGAAUCAGCUGCUACUAGGAUUAAGGGCAACAGCAAGUCAAAUUUCUCAGAUUUAGAACGUCAGCUAUUUGAUCAAAGUCUGUUACGGCUGUGGCGCACAGGAGCAAUAUGGGAGGCUUGGAAAGCUGAAGAAGACGACGAGAGACAGCUUGCUGAACAUACAACCUCUGUUGAAGAAUGUUGGCUUAGUAUCAAUGUAGACGUGGCUCUGUGGCUAGACUGUCGAACAUAUGAGAAAAAGCCAACAUUCAAACGAGUUAGUGAUUUUGUGCUAGUAAAUCCUGUUGUUCAUCAAGAGUUCAAUGAUUUUGCAAAAGCUGAAAUAACACCAGAAUUGCAAUUGCUACUAGACGUGGACUUGAUUAAGGUCUGGGAAACUGACAAAGCACUCUCGUUGCUAAGGGUGUCUCGAUAUCAAAACGUGUAUGUCAACAUCAGCAGCUCUCAACUUGAUGACCUAUGCCUGUGGGUAUAUGAUAUGAGAAAGCUGUAUACAGAAAAGAAAGAAGUUUGUUUGAGGUAGUUAAUAACAGAGCAAGUAUGCCUCAAACAUUGUCUAGUCUAACAUCAGCUGCCAGGAGUUCACAAAGAUGGGUACAUGGUCUGGAUCUCAAUGAAACUGAUAAAUGUAUUAUACAAGGCAAGUGUGCCGACGGCUUUCUAACUGACAAGCACAUGCAUGCUGCUCAUCAGCUUCCAUUAAAGCACUUUCCCUACAUCAGUGGACUAGAGUCAACACUCCUUUGCCAGACUUACGGAUUCGCUCAUGUAACAAGUGAUGCUAUUCAGAUUCAUUUUACAGGAAGUCAUCAUUGGGUGACUUCAACCUGCUUUGGCAAACAAGUACGACUAUACGAAAGCAAUGCUGGCCUACACUUGUCUCCUCCUAUGGAAACACAGCUGGCACAAAUCUAUCAAUUGGCUCACAAAGACAACAUUCUCAUGGUAGAACAAAUGCCAGUGCAACAGCAACAAAAUGGUAAAGAUUGCAGGCUAUUUGCAAUAGCAUAUGCAUUUCAUGCAGCUGUAGGAGAUGAUGUAACCAUCAUGCAUUUUGAUAUUUCCAAAAUGCGACAUCUGAUUUACUGUUUGGAUCGAGAGGAGCUCUCACCUUUUCCAAUGGAAGAAGACAAGCCAUUGGAAACAUGUGACAGAAGUCACUUUUACAUUUCUUUGCACUGCACGUGUUUGUUGCCAAAGACACAUGGCAAGAUCGUAGAGUGUUACGUCUGUGAAAACUUGUAUCAUGACAGAUGUGUCACAUUGUCAGGUAGUGAGCCUUGGAUUUGCGCUAAAUUUAGAUAAAUGUCUUGCUAU